AUGCCUUCCACCCAGUUCGCCCUCAAAGAAAAAUAUCGAUACCUGAAUGGCUUCAACUCCUACCAUGAGUCUGAAGCUAUAGACGGAGCUCUACCCAUCGGCGCCAACUCCCCUCAGAAGCCCCCGUAUGGCCUAUACGCUGAGAAGCUGUCGGGGACCGCCUUUACAGCUCCGCGGCACGAGAACCAGCAGUCUUGGUUAUAUCGAGUGCUACCUUCCUCUGCCCAUGCGCCAUACGAAGCUCGAGAAUCUGCUACAUAUAAUACGAACCCGGAGAACAAGCCACACGAGAAGAUCCACCACAUUCCCAACCAGCUGCGAUGGGAUCCCUUCGAUAUGAACGAGACUGUCGACUGGGUCCACUCUCUGCAUCUCGUAGCUGGAGCUGGAGACCCAACGAUGAAGACUGGCAUCGGCAUCUUCAUCUUUGCCGCUGGAAAAGAUAUGGAUCCACAUGAAGCGUUCUACUCCGCAGACGGCGACUUCCUCGUCGUUCCCCAGCACGGCGUCCUAGACAUUCAGACUGAGCUUGGCAGGCUUCUUGUCCGGCCAAAUGAAAUAUGCGUGAUACCACGCGGCAUCAGAUACAGAGUCAUGCUCCCCUCAGGGCCAGUCCGAGGCUAUAUCCUCGAGCUCUACCAAGGCCACUUCCAGCUCCCCGAACUCGGUCCCAUCGGCUCUAACUGUCUCGCCAACGCCCGCGAUUUCCAAGCUCCCGUCGCUGAUUUCGACGAAGACACAAGCACGACAUGGCACGUUCUCUCUAAAUUUGCCGGACGCCUCUUCAGCGCAAAGCAAUCACAUACGCCCUUUGACGUGGUAGCCUGGCACGGGCUUUAUUACCCCUACAAGUACGACCUAGGCCGCUUCAACACCAUCGGCAGCAUAUCCUACGACCACCCCGACCCAUCCAUCUUCACAGUUCUCACCGCGCAGUCAGACCACCCCGGCACCGCUGUAGCAGACUUCGUGAUCUUUCCCCCACGAUGGUUGGUAGCAGAAGACACCUUCCGACCACCAUGGUAUCACAGAAACACCAUGUCCGAAUUCAUGGGCCUCAUCCACGGCCAAUACGACGCCAAAACAGGCGGCGGCUUUCAGCCCGCCGGCGCGAGUCUGCACAACGUAAUGAGCGCACACGGACCCGAUGCCGCUACGCACAAGAAAGCGUCGAAUGCCGAGCUGAAACCAGCAAAAGUGGGUGAGGGCAGCAUGGCGUUUAUGUUUGAGAGCUGCUUGAUGGUGGGCGUGACGGAAUGGGGCCUGAAGAAGUGCAGGAAGGUGCAGGAGGACUAUAAUGCAGAGAGUUGGGAGGGGUUGGAGGUGAGAUUCAAGAGGCCAGAGGGGAGUAAGUAUGGGGAGUGGUAA